UGGCGGUGCGUUAUCAUUGCGCGACGUCUCUGUUACCACGCAAAGGUUUGAGUUAAAGAUAAAACAUGGCUCGAAAUGCAGAAAAGGCCAUGACGGCCUUGGCCAGGUUCCGGCAAGCCCAGCUUGAAGAAGGAAAAGUAAAGGAGAGACGACCUUUUCUGGCUUCUGAAUGCAGCGAGUUACCUAAAGCUGAGAAGUGGAGGCGACAGAUCAUCAGUGAAAUCUCAAAGAAGGUGGCACAGAUUCAAAACGCUGGUUUAGGGGAAUUUAAGAUCCGGGAUCUGAAUGAUGAAAUCAACAAGCUUAUUCGUGAGAAGGGUCACUGGGAGGUUCGAAUCAAGGAACUUGGAGGACCUGACUAUGGGAGAAUUGGACCCAGGAUGCUUGAUCAUGAGGGGAAAGAAGUGCCUGGAAACAGAGGUUACAAAUAUUUUGGUGCUGCAAAGGACCUGCCAGGAGUGAGAGAACUGUUUGAAAAAGAACCUGUCCCGCCACCCAGAAAAACACGUGCUGAGCUAAUGAAGGAGAUCGAUGCUGAGUAUUACGGCUACCGAGACGAGGACGAUGGUGUUCUGGUGCCUUUGGAGCAAGAGUAUGAAAAACAAGCAAUAGCACAAGCCAUUGAGAAGUGGAAGGCCGCGAAAGAGGCCCGUUUGGCUGAAGGUGGCGGGAUGAAAGAGGCUGAGGAGGAAGAGGAAUACAUCUAUGCUGUAAAAGAUGACGAGUCGGACGAUGAAACGAGGGAACAGAUGGAGGGGGAGGACGGAGCACAAACAUUUAUUGCUCAUGUACCUGUACCUUCACAAAAGGAGAUUGAAGAAGCUCUGGUCAGAAGAAAGAAGAUGGAGCUGCUGCAGAAGUACGCCAGCGAGAACUUAAUGGCACAGAGCGAAGAAGCUAAAGCGCUACUCGGCUUGUAGCGAGAUCAGCCAGCUGCUCUUGCUUUACAUCCCAUCAGGUUCUCAACGGGACUGGAACUGAUAACCCACAGUAAUGUGCUAGUAAUGUCACUCGGCUGUAUUACAGCUACAAGUUAAUAAAGAUUGCACUUUUUAUGUGCUUUUGUACUCAACAGCUGAUGUAUUGUAGUGGCUCACCUGCUGUCGUUCAUUGACAUGUCUGCUUUUUACAUGUUACUGUGUUAUAAAUAUGUUAUACUUGCAUAAUUAAUUCUAACUGUAGAUCAGACAGCACACAACUCUCUGUAAAUAUGUUUUAUAUAAACCCUGAGACAUUUUUCACCAG